GCAAGAAAGUUUGUUUUCCUCUUCAAAUCUACGAGCAGAAAUGAGGUUGGGAGACUGUGGUAUUGCAGCCUCUGGUUGCAAGUAUUUUGCCUCAGUUCUCAGUACGAAUCAAAAAGAGCUGGACCUGAGAGGCAGCAAACUGGGAGAUUCAGGAGUGAAGCAGCUGUGUGAAAGACUGAACCAUCCCAACUGCAAACUGCAGAGACUGGUAUUGGGAGACUGUGGUAUUGCAGCCUCUGGCUGCAAGUAUUUUGCCUCAGUUCUCAGUGCAAAUCAAACUUUGAAAGAGCUGGACCUGAGAGGCAGCAAACUGGGAGAUUUAGGAGUGAAGCAGCUGUGUGAAGGAUUGAAACAUCCCGACUGCAAACUGCAGAAGCUGGUGUUGGGAUACUGUGGUAUCACGGCCUCUGAUUGCAAGUAUCUUGCCUCAGUUCUCAGUACAAAUCAAACUUUGAAAGAGCUGGAUCUGGGAGGCAACAAACAGGCAAAUUCAGGAGUGAAGCUGCUGUGUGAAGGACUAAAACAUCCCGAUUGCAAACUGCAGAGACUGGUGUUGAGGAGCUGCUAUUUCAAAGAUGCUUGUAUGAGAGACUUAUCACUUGCUCUUAGUAUAAACCACUCCCUGAACGAGCUGGAUCUACAGUUUAACCUCCUGUCCUUUCCUUUCGUUACUCAUCUUUAUAAGGAGCUGAAAUGUCGCAGAAGCAAUCUAAAGAUAAUCAUGUAAAAAUCAUAUGUUCUAAUCCAUUUGAGGAUUGUGGGAUGGCUAUUCAUUUAAGCAAAUGCCGUUAACAUUUGGUGUCAUGACAAACAGGCAGAGUGAAUAAAAUCGAUGACUUUAUUUAAAUCCAUGUUUAGGAAAUAUAUGUUUAUAGUUUCAGAGGGGUAGCCGUGUUAGUCUGUUUCAGCAGAAAC